CCAACAUCUCCAAGUUCAGCAUCUCCAAGUUCAGCAUCUCCAAGUUCAGCAUCUCCAAGUUCAGCAUCUCCAAGUUCAGCAUCUGCCACUUGCAGCGCAAUCCCAAGCUUUUCCCGCGCGGCUUCUGUGUCAGACACCCCCAUUAUCGCAAUGAAGAAGGCACUCACUCCGGGCAUCAAUGGCGCCAGUGAAGGCAACAUGUGGAAGAAAUUCACAAACGUUUCUGUGGGCAGAGGCAAAACGGUUUUUCCUAGAAGCCCGGCGGAGCAGGAACGAUUUGGAGUUCGUUGGGAUUUCGACGGGGAGGUCGUUAAACCAGAUGGUGUAUACAACAAGUUCCGAAUGCAGCCCAACGCCGGGAAAAUCCCAUCCUCUAUUAAAGCAUGGAGAGAUGCCAACGGUGGCACUCACGCCGUCAUGGCCGAUGCCUAUAUAAAGAAAGAAGGCUCGCAGGACGAUGUGCAAAAAGGGCUAGAGGACGCAGCAAAGUCGAUCUAGCUGGAGGAGGUCCCUCAGACAGCUUCAUCCUCCAAGCGUUGAAACUGUCAAUAUAGAGUACUGCUUCUGAAGACCGCUCUGCAAUCUUACUACUACGGAAGUCUUUGCUGUUACUGGUUACGAGUGUCUUGUUCGGAUUGUCAUCUGUAAUCGCUAUACUUCAAAGCACAAUCCGUGCGCAAGGUAAUGACAGACUGAGAAGGAUGUUCUCGUGACUAGCUACCUAACUACCUAGUUAGAUGAUGUUUCUCCAGAGAUACCGUCUGAUACACAAAC